AUGGGGCAGGCGCUGUGUCUACUGCACACCGGAGACUGGGGCUCCCGAAAGCUGGCAAGUGUGGGCCUGCGCCCUGAUGGGCGGCAGGAUCAUCUGCCCUCCUGUGCCGACUCGCUGCGCCUGGAGCAGGGCUGGGCCGUCGUAGCCCUGCAAGAUUCCCUGGUCUGCAUGGGGUACACCCAUUCCUGUGCCCCUCGCCCUCUUGCUGGGCCUGCGUUCCCCCUGCCUGGCCACAAUCGUGAGCACCCAAUUAAUGUGACAAGCAUCCCUACCUAUGGACAACCCAUGCCAUUAAACACCAAGCUUCAGGACUGCUAUGUGGCUUUGCCGACAUCCAUGUGGGCCCCAGCACCAGGUGCCACCUCUUGUUGGGAAGUGGUAAAGCCAUAGAUUGCCUAUUUGUUCUCUCUGGUCAAAGUUGUGCUCAGAUGACAACGGAAGGGUAAAUGCCACAGUAUGCCUUCUCAACUCAGAGAAGCAAAAUCCUCCAAGGGACUGAAGCCUAGAGAUAGGGGUCCCCUAAAUAUGCUGUUGCCCUCAGAUAGCAGGAAGCAGUCUAGAGAACACAACACCCACAUUCCCGAAAGAAAGUUCAAAGGAAAAAAAGUAACAGUCAGCCAAGAGCUUGAGGAUAGAUACGCCAAAUAUGCAGCUGCUACCCAAGUGUUGUCCAGGGGCAGUGGGAUGACAGCCUGGAAGUUGCUUCCUGAAACCCAAGAGGGACAGCAGUUGGAGGACAUGCCAACCAUCCGGUAUCAGGCUCUGCACCAUGCUGUGGUGGAGUCCACACUGUGAGAUCCUUCUAAAACCCUCAAGAGGUACAGACUGGAGCUAGGUAAAGCCAUUAAAGAAAGGCUCCAAGAAGCUCUGCACAGUCAGCUGCCACCAGGAGUGCAGAGAGGAACCUGGAGCUGA